CAGUGAAGCCGCUCUAUAUGAGGCGCUGGCCGGCUCCGGUAUGAGUAUUGGGAAGGGAAAGCCGAGAGAGCUAUUCCCCUGAGUUACGGGCACGGCUGCCAGACACAAACAUGGAGGAGUGCGGGAUCUGUGUGUAUCAGUACGGGCCGGGCAGGGAGGCCCAGGCGCUGGCGGGCUGUGUGCAUAUGGUGUGUACGAGCUGCCUGAGGCACAUGGCGGGCACAGACGGGACGGUCACAUGUCCGUACUGCCGGGCGCGCUGCGCGUUGCCUAGCAACCUGAGGCCCCCAAUGUGCGGCCGGACGGAGAAGGGGCGGAGCCGCAGGAGUUGGGUGAAGAAACUUUUCCAGCCCACCAAGCGUCGCCAAGGAACCCAGAGACAAGGGAAUAUCGGGAAUGUUGCUGUGAUAUGCCCGUUCUUCCUUUAAAGCUGCUCGGAAAUCUAGAAGAUACAAAUGGAAGACCAAUCACGUCUGGGGCCACAGGAGCGCUACAUUCCCAGCUGUACCCCCAUCCUGAUCGCCAUGAUGGCGAAACCAAUUGCUUCUCACAGGAGGAGACCCAGGAUAUGGACUGUUUCUUGGUGGGAUUUCAGAAGACUCUGCUGGUCCAUACAAAGCAGUGAGAAUCGGGACUCUUUAAUAGACCGCUGGCGGUGAUUUAUUUAUUUUUUCUAAAGAAAUAGUGAUAUAUGGGGGCCGGGGUGUCCUAGUAAAUGUACUUUAUUUGUGUCUGAUAUGGUUGUAUCCUAUGGUGUGAGUGUAAACGGUUGUAUUAAAGUAAUUAUUAACGAGAAA